UUGGAAAAGUUUUGCGAUUAUCCUCUUUACUGUUUUUAUUCAUUCUGAAAAAGAAGUUAUAUAAUAGCAAGAGAUUGUGGAAACUUCGCUCACGUGAUAAGUCGAAGAGAACAAACACCGAAAAGUCGGAAGAUUCACCAGUUAAGUCGCCCAGACUAACGGUAAUUUCCGCAAAAACGGAUGAAGAAAUUAAAUCUUUUACGGAUAAGGUAAACGGUAAUGUGCAGCAAAGUAAAAAUUCACCCGCCUUGGAUUCUAUGGAUAUACCUCGCUCCAAUUCCUUAACGAAGAAUUGUUGCGACUCUGGACAAAAUAAAAAUAGCGAGUGUACCGAAGAGAAACUGCCUUUGAACACGAUGAAGGAGACAUCCAAAAACGGUAGUCCAGUCGCCGGUAAUAACAGCAACGUUGAUGACAGUCUUAUGGAAAAUGUUAAUUCUGGUGCAAUUGCCAAACCGAAUUUUAACAAAGCAUUGGGAUACAUAGAUAGAACGGUAGAUGAUGGACCGGAUGAUGAGGGAGACGACUCUGUUUUCGAAGCAUGUUUGAAUGACAAUGAGACAAUUAAGAAAGCACCUGCAGUUGCUUCUGUUCCACGGUGGCUAUCGGAAGAAGACGAUAGUGAGUACGCUUCGGAAGGAUGCAGCGGCAUGAAAGAACCGCCGGCGACUCCCGUUGCACGCGACGAGCUAGCUUUAAGACGUCACAGAUUUUUCUCCGAUUUGUUACAAGCUGCGCAAAAUUCGACGGAGCACAGAGUGAGAUUUGAUCCUCUAGGACCGAUGGUGCACACUGGUUGCGAAAAUAGCGAUAGAGAGGAGCAUUUAGAGGAAUUAGUGAAUCGACUGGAAAACGUGACAAGACAACUUGAAAAAGUAUCAACACGUUGCAUAGUUCAAACUCAGAACAUCGCUGUACAAACGAGCACUCCUUCUCCGAAGAGAGAAUCGACAACAACAAGUGAUUCAUCAAGACAAGAUUCUCCACUAUCAUCCAUUCAGUUUUUGAAACAACAGACAAUCCCAAAUCAGGCUGCAACCAUGUCUAUAAGUGGAUACAAAGACCUUUUGGAUGGUCCAGUUAAACAAUACUUAGAACUAAGUCAAAAGAUUGGCAGUGAUGUAGCUGUUCACAGCAAAUUGGUAGAAAAAGCUUUCCAGUUUCAGUUUCAAUUUAUACAAACAGCGGCGAAUCGGCCGGCACCAACAAAUCAAUCUGAGCAAUUAACUUUGCUCGCACCUCUGUCUACACAGAUUCAACAGAUUCAAGAAUUUCGUGAAAAAAAUCGUGGGUCAUUAUUUUUUAAUCAUUUGUCAGCAAUUAGCGAAAGCAUCCCGGCUCUAGGAUGGGUCGCAGUCUCUCCUACGCCAGCACCGUAUGUAAAAGAAAUGAACGAUGCUGGUCAAUUUUACACUAAUCGUGUAUUGAAAGAUUGGAAGGAAAAAGAUAAAAUACAUAUAGACUGGUGUAAAGCAUGGAUGCAAACUUUAACUGACUUACAACAAUACGUUCGCCAACAUCAUACAACAGGUUUAGUAUGGGGAAAGCUUGGUUCUAUACCUAAUGUACCUAACGUACCACCCCCUCCACCUCCUUCAAUGCCGAUCGGAGAUAUUGCACCGAUGGUGAAUGACGAGAGAAGUGCUCUGUUUGCACAGAUUAAUCAAGGAGAAAAUAUCACGAAAAAUUUAAAAAAAGUCACUUCGGAAAUGCAAACGCAUAAAAAUCCAGCUCUGAGAGCUGGACCAGCACCGUUUAAAGCACCAGUUACUAAUGUAGCAUCAGUAAAAAAUGUACCGCCAGCAAACGCGCCUAUCGACAAACCGCCAGUAUUUACUAGAGACGGCAAAAAAUGGCUCGUGGAAUAUCACAAAGGCGAGAACUUGAUAAUUGAUAACGUGGAAAUGAAUAAUGUAGUUUAUAUAUUCCGAUGUCAAGAUAGUACACUCACUGUCAAAGGCAAGGUGAACUCUAUUGUCAUGGAUUCUUGCCGUAAAUCAUCCGUUGUAUUUGAUUCUCUUGUAUCCAGCAUUGAAUUCGUUAACUGUCAAAGCGUACAAAUGCAGGUUCUUGGAAAGGUACCUACAAUUUCGAUUGACAAAACAGAUGGUUGUCAAAUGUAUUUAAGUUCGGAAUCCUUGAAUGUUGAACUCAUUACCAGUAAAUCUAGUGAAAUGAAUGUAAUGGUACCUAAACCUAACGGAGAUUAUACUGAAUAUCCUGUUCCGGAGCAAUUUAAGACUACUAUUAAUAAGAACGGUCUUAAUACUACAGCUAUCGAUUCGCUUGGUUAAAAAGCAAGAAAUUUGUUGAGGAAUAAAGCCUACACAUUUCUUUAAUAUAAUAAUAUAAUACAUUAGAGAUGUAUGUGUGGUCAUGUCAGUAUCAAUUUAUUAUUAUUAUUAUUAUUAUUAUUAUUACUAUUAUUAUUUAUUGUCUUCUCAUCGAAUAAUACAGAGGUAAGGCAAACAACUAAUCUAAUUUGAUAUAUUUCGCGUUAUGUGUAAAAAUGAACUGACUUUAACAGUAUCUACUUAUUCUUGAAAAAAAAUUUUUUUCAUACUUUUCUGAUUGCCUGUCUUCAUUUGAAUUCCUUAAAAUUAUGGUGUCACUAAAAAAAACUUUCAAUCGAAUACAACGCGAAAUUUAAACGGUCAUGAGAGUCUUACGCUGGAUGUUUGUUGGGGAAAAAUCUAAUUUCGCGUUGUUAGUUUGAAACUUAUGAGCCUAAAACUCUUUAUUAAUUCUUCAAUCAAAUACAUUUGUUUGUAGUAUAAACUUUUUACUUUUUUUUACACUAUAAUAAAAAAAAAAACAAAUCAAGCAAUAUUUUAGACAUAAAAUUUGAGAAGAAAAAUUAAAAACAACUAACUAAAUUAAUUGAUCACUCCCAAAAUAAAAGCAAGAUUUUUGCAAGAACAAUUAGUGUAAUUUAAACAAAUAUUUCUCGAAUCUCGGUAAAAUUGGAGACCUUUUUGUGAGGUUUGUUUAGAUAAAAACUGAUUUCUUGAAAAAUUAGAUUUUUUUGUAGGAAAUAGACACUCUUUAGUUACAUGUAUUAUUAUGUUUUUGUGAUGGACAUGUGAAAAAUUGUAAACAAUGAGGAAAUUUCGAUAAUAGCAGUAUAAUAAGCAGUAUAUCAUAUAGUAAGUAUUUAUUAAAACUGCAUACCAAAUUUUAUGUACUCUUUGAGAGUCUUUGUACUGUUGAAGUUUGCCAAAUUAAACUUAAAUUAAACUUAAUUAAACUUAAACUUGAUAUGCUAAUGCAAUGGGCUGAAGAAGAAGUGAUCUACUACCAGAACACGGCAGUACGUCAGUAAAGUUUCGAAUGUAACUAGACACACACUGAAAGCUUACUUAUAUUCAGUAUGUAUCAGUUACAUUAAAGGAAGUGCUGCGAAAAAUAUCACCUUGGUCAUUAUUCUGAGAACAUGGAACUUUCUGUUAAAUAGAAGGCUUUACGACAUCAUUUGGCCACCACAGCACUUGGUGAUACUUCUCGCAAUACACUCGGAUAUAAUCAUUGAUUUCUGAAGAUAAGAAAACCAAAUAUGGUUUCUAGAAAGAGUCAACGCGAGAUGCUGAUGUGAAACGUGCACUCCAGAGAAAUCGUUUUUCAUGUUUGUAAUAUAUAUAAUAGGAUUUUUGUGAAUUAUAAACUUUUCUUGUUUUA